ACUUCGCCACUCUAUUCUGCUCCCGGGCGCGUCUCAUUACCAGCGACUAUAAAGUUAUUUCAGCUCUAUAUCCAGUUAUUAUUAGGUAAUGGCUUUUGUCGUUUUUCGGCGUUGGAGACUUUUUACAGACGCUGCUUUUAAGACAACAAAUGUUGGACAAACAUAUUUGGUACAUACAAGCUACAGCACUUCAUGCGAAACAGAAAGCACCUCUACUGGGGCCUCUGCGCGGCAAAAUGUGGUCUCGGAGCGACACGGGUCAGUGGUUGCUCUGGCGAUAAAUCGCCCCCAGGUGCGAAACGCGGUGGACCGAGAGACGGCCCGGAGACUCCUUGAGGAGCUGAAGGCCUUCGACUCCGACGACCAACUCAGUGUGGCGGUGCUCCACGGCAAAGGAGGGAAUUUCUGCGCUGGUUACGAUCUGAAGGAGCUGGCCAAUCACACGGCUGCCCUCAAAUUGGAGCAAGAUGUCACCAAGAGUCCCGGUCCAAUGGGCCCGUCCCGCCUGCAGCUCUCCAAGCCCCUGAUAGCGGCGGUCAGCGGCUACGCGGUGGCGGGGGGUCUUGAGCUGGCCCUGCUCGCCGACCUGAGGGUGGUGGAGGAGAGUGCCAUCAUGGGGGUCUUCUGUCGCCGCUUCGGUACGCUGCCUCUUAAUCCUCCUCCUCGUCCUUCCUCCUCCUCUUCGUCGUCGUUGUCGUCCUCCUCAUCCUCCUCCUCUGCCUCCUCCUCUUUCUUCCUCUGCUCCUCUUUCUCCUUCUCUUCCUCCUUCUACUCCUGCUCCUCCCCUGCCUCCUCUUCCUCAUCCUCCUCUUCCUCAUCCUCCUCUUCUUCUGCUUCUUUUUCUUCUAAAAGCGGCGUGCUCGAACACGUACACCACAAACACACACACAUGUCCGUGCGUGGAUCCACAAGUGCUACACACGCAAGCAGGUAGCAGCAUGCACGCACAUAUACACACAAGGAAACACACAGGGAUACACAGCCGGAUGCACUCGCGGAUGCACACAACCACACACACAAACACACAAACACACAACCACUGGCAUGGGAGGCAGUAAUUGAACCGCUGGCUACUUCAUCAGCUUCCUGAAACGCCUACUCUUCCUCUUCUAAUCUCCUAUUUAAAGUGUACUU